AUGCGUUUUUGGCCAGGUGUCUUUGUCUGGUGCACACUGUGGCCCAGUGCUUUGUCUGUGACACGCUAUUCCAUAGCCGAGGAGAUGGAGCCGGGCUCAGUGGUGGCUAAUCUUGCUGCGGAUUUGGGACUUGAUCUUGGAGGUCUGGCACAACGAGAGGUAAAACUUGAUAUUUUCCCCAACAAAAAAUAUUUAGAUUUCAACAAAAAGACAGGGGAGCUUUAUAUCGUGGAAAAGAUGGACAGGGAGUAUCUUUGCCCAGCCAAGCCUGCGUCCUGUUUUCUAAAGCUCGACGUCAUCAUAGAAAGUCCUUUACGCAUAUUCAACAUUGAACUCCAAAUAACAGACAUUAAUGACAAUGCUCCGUAUUUUCGACGUGACAGAGUAGAGCUCGACGUUUCCGAAUCAGCAACGCCAGGAGAGAGAUUCUCGCUGCCCAACGCCGUGGAUCCGGAUGUUGGAAUAAACACAAUUAAGACGUACAAACUCAGUCAGAGCGAACAUUUCACCAUUGAAACUCAGACGGGCAGCGACGGCACGCAGUAUGUUGAUUUGGUCCUGACCAAGUCUUUAGACAGGGAGGAGAAUGCAGCGCACAGUCUGAUACUGACUGCCGUGGACGGCGGGGUCCCCGUGCGCUCCGGCACAGCCAGUAUCAUCGUCAGGGUGCAGGACACAAACGACAACCCUCCGCGCUUUGACAAGCAGACCUACACAAUUAACAUGACCGAGAACUCUGCGAUCGGCACGUUGGUGAUGAAACUGAACGCCACAGAUGGAGACGAGGGGCCGAAUUCGGAUCUAGUGUACUCGUUCACUCUUUAUACGUCAGAAAAAACGCAAGACGUUUUUGAUCUGAACCCAAACACAGGGGAGAUCACAGUGAAAGGUACGAUCGACUAUGAAGAUAUGAAGUUAUAUGAGAUGCACAUCGAAGCCAGAGACAAAGGGACACAGCCUUUACUGGGGCAAUGUAGAGUAGUCGUUCACGUUAAUGACAUGAAUGACAAUUAUCCAGAAAUCACUAUUCAGUCUGUUAAAAACACUGUGCAUGAAAACAUCCCAGUGGGGAGCGUGAUAGCUCUGGUCAGCGUAAGCGACAGAGACGCUGGUGCAAAUGGGAACGUGAGCUUAUCCAUUUCUCAGCAUAUGCCAUUUAUUCUCAAUGCAUCAUUAGACAGACCCCUGCAUUACAAGCUCAUCGUAGCCGAGCCCUUGGACCGUGAAUCUGCACCUGAAUAUGAGAUCACGCUGAUUGUAAAAGACGCAGGAAACCCACCGUUAUUUGACAACGAAACUAUCACUGUGCAUGUGCUGGAUGUCAAUGACAAUGCGCCACAGUUCCCUCAGUCAUUUUACACCAUACGUGUGAUGGAGAACAACGCACCCGGAGCCCUGAUCAGUUCACUCACUGCCUUUGACCCUGACCUCCAUGAAAACCAGUAUCUGGUUUACUUCAUCAUAGAGAAGGAGAUCGCCAACACCUCCAUGUCCAUGCUGUUCUCCAUCAAUCCAGAGAACGGGAACCUUUACGCACUGAAAACCUUUGACUACGAGAUAGAGAAGGACUUUCUGUUCCACAUCGAGGCCAGAGACUCUGGUUCUCCUCCUCUCAGCAGCAACGUGACCGUCCACAUCAUCAUUGUGGACCAGAACGACAACGCUCCAGUCAUUGUGUCUCCGUGGCGCGCGCACGGCUCAGUGGUGGAGGAAAAGAUCCCCAGAUCCACGGAUAAAGGCUCUCUGGUUGCCAAGGUGAUCGCCUUGGACACGGACUCGGUGCACAACUCUCGCAUCACCUACCAGUUCCUGCAGGUGCCUGACGCCACCUUGUUCAGCCUGGACCAGUACAACGGAGAGAUCCGGACCAUGAGGAUGUUCAGCUACAGGGAUCAGCGCCACCACAGACUGGUGGUUGUUGCCAAGGACAACGGGGAGCCUGCUCUCUCCGCUACAGUCACCAUCAAGCUGUCCACCGUGGAGACCGCCGUCAAGGCCUACUCUGACAUGACAGAGGUGCCUCUGGAGUACGACAUCUUCUCAGACCUCAACCUGUACUUGGUGAUCGGUCUGGGCUCCGUGUCCUUCCUGCUGCUCAUCACCAUCCUGGUCACCAUCGUGCUGAAGUGUCAGAAACCCAAAGCCAGCAAAGCGGCUCCUCCCUGCAGGAACAGCGUGGCCAGUGAGAGGAACUCCACCAUCGCUGACUCCACGCUGGUCUCCAACGAUGCCUACUGGUACAGUCUGUUCCUGGCAGAGACCAGGAAGGGGAAGCUGGUGGUCAGACAGCCUGUGCCAAAGGGCUCCAGAUACAUCGUGUCCAGUAUCCCCAGAGGUACCGGACUGACGGAUACUAGUGACUCAGCAGCUUCCACUCUGCAGGUAAGAGUUUAG